CAGGAGAGGGAAGGCUGGGUGGGGGCAGAACAGAAGGGAGAGGACAGCGGGGCAGAUCACUCGCCCCACACCUGCACCUGGUCACUUUGGUUCGCCUUCAGGCUCCAGCUAAACUCCCCGUUUCUGAUCCGUGGACCAACAUCUUGAUCACGUCGAUGGUUUUGUGGGCAUAAACUUUUGGAAAUUGCGGGACAAGCGUUCGGGUGGAUCUGAUGCCAUUUACGCCCUCUCUCUCUUUCGUUUUGUUGUUACGCAGAGCGAUGCCUUCGGUUAAAAGCCACUGAUUCGGCAUUGUCGCUCUUUCCCCCCUCCUAUUGUCUAAGAGGAACUAUCAAACCAUUCGGACUCUUUUAUUUCCUGCGAACAUCUAUAGCUAAGAGACGUUUUUUUCCCCCCUCCCCAGUCCGGACUCCAAAGGCGCAAAACGCGCGGAAUGCCGCGUUAACAUCCCGCAAGUUUUGGGAUCCUUACGCAGAAAUCAAAGAUUUAGAUCUCUGUGGGCUACCUGCAUGACUGUUACCAUGACAGCAUCUGGAGCCCAGCUCCUCCUGUUGGCCCUGUGUGUUUACAGAGGCUGGGGCCUGCAGCAGUCUGCACCGCGGGUUCGCCUCUCCUUCAAAGAACUCAUGGACACGAAAGCUGCACGACCCUUCAGUUUUUCCUUCAACACCAGCGACUACCGCAUCCUCCUCAUGGACCAGGAUCAGGGCCGCCUGUACCUGGGCAGCCGGGAGUACCUGGUUGCUCUGGACAUGCACAAUGUCAACAAGGAGCCACUUAUAAUCCACUGGCCAGCCUCUGCAAAGAGAAAGGGAGAAUGCCAGAUGACAGGAAAGGGUAGACAGGGUGAAUGUGCCAACUUUGUGCGCUUGAUUGAGCCGUGGAACCGCACCCAUCUCUACACCUGCGGCACAGGGGCGUACCAACCCAUCUGCACAUUCAUCAAUCGGGGCUGGAGGGCAGAGGACUACCUGUUUAGGCUGGUCUCUGGCUACAUGGAUUCAGGGAAGGGAAAAUGUUCCUACGAUCCCAAACAAGAGAAUGUUGCCGUUCUGAUCAAUGGUAACCUGUAUGCAGGUGUACAUAUUGACUUUAUGAGCACAGACGCUGCUCUGUUUAGGACCAUGGGAGGGAGGACAGCAAUCAGGACGGAGCAGUAUGACUCCAGGUGGCUCAACGAGCCGGUGUUUAUCCAGAUCCAGCAGAUCCCUGACAGUGCAGAAAAAAACGAUGACAAACUUUACUUCUUUUUCCGAGAGAAGAGUCUAGACACCAGCGGCGGGGCGAGCCCCACGGUUUUGGCCCGGGUGGGCAGAGUGUGUCUGAAUGAUGAAGGAGGCCAAAAAUCGCUGGUGAACCGCUGGACGACGUUCCUGAAAGCCCGUCUUGUCUGCUCAGUAAUUGGAGACGACGGGGUUGAGACAUCAUUUGAUGAACUACGAGACGUGUUCAUUCAACCAACGCAGGAUGAAAGAAACCCCAUGGUGUACGCUCUCUUCGCUACAGCCGGCUCUGUGUUCAAGGGCUCGGCAGUCUGUGUGUAUUCGAUGGCCGAUGUCCGCAAUGUCUUCAACGGACCGUUUGCCCACAAGCACGGCCAUAACUACCAAUGGACCGAAUACACUGGGAAGAUUCCCUAUCCACGUCCUGGAACAUGUCCAGGAGGAACCUUCACCCCAGGCAUCCGGUCAUCGAAGAACUUCUCUGACGAGGCCGUGAAUUUCAUCCGAGCCCAUCCCCUCAUGUUUCAUUCAGUUUAUCCUAUCCAUCGCCGCCCCCUGGUGGUGAAGACCGGUGUGGACUACCGGUACACGGCCCUUGUGGUUGACCAGGUGGACGCCGUGGACGGCCGCUAUGAGGUCCUCUUUCUAGGCACAGACCGAGGCACAGUGCAAAAGGUCAUUGUGUUGCCCAAAGACCCAACAACCUUGGAAGAACUGACUCUGGAGGAAGUCGAGGUCUUUCGGACCAGAGUUCCUGUUAAAACAAUGAAGAUUUCUUCAAAAAGACAACAGCUGUACGUCUCCUCGGACGCGGGGCUGACGCAGGUGUCGCUGCACCGCUGCGGCGUGUACGGCAGGGCGUGCUCCGACUGCUGUCUGGCCCGCGAUCCGUACUGCGCCUGGGACGGAGAGAGCUGCUCUGCCUUCACCCCGUCUACCAAAAGGUACGGGUCGCCUCAUGCAGUCGCUGUGAAGCAUUGCUACGUUUUAGGCAUGAAACUUCAACUCUCUCGUUUUAGGAGGAGCAGAAGACAGGACGUUAAGCACGGCGAUCCGCUGAGGCAGUGCAGAGGCUUUAAUGCCAAAGUGGAGAAACGUCUGAGAGAGACGGUGCAGUUUGGGGUGGAGGGCAGCAGUACCUUCUUGGAGUGCCAGCCUCGCUCCCCCCAGGCCUCCGUCAAGUGGCUCUUCCAGAGGGAAGGAAAGAGGAAAGUGCUGAAUCGUGUUGGGGGCGUUUUGAAAACCAACCAGGGCAUCCUCCUGAAGUCUCUGAACCAGUCGGACGCAGGGCUCUACCACUGCCUCGCCACGGAGAACAACUUCAAGCACACCGUGGCCCGGGUGGCUUUGCGCAUCCUGGAUCGGGACAUCGUCCUGGCGCUCACCGCUCAGGACGAGGACGAGGAGCCAAAGACCCGCCAAGCAGGGCCCUUCCCUCAGUCGCCCGUCGCCUCCACCCCCUUCCCACCGGAGAUCAGACUGAUUAACCAGUACUGCCAGUCCUACUGGGACCAAGUCGCCCCCAAACAGCAGCAGCAGCGGAAGCGCACCAGCCGCAGGCACACAGAAAGCCAGGACCAAGGCCUUGGUUAGAGGGCGGGGCGGUCCAACACCGGUCUGUCUGGACUUUAUGCUGGACUUUUCAUGUUCGACACAUGUUUGGGUGUCACUUCCACUCGUUCGGGGCGGGCGAUACCGUCCCUUUAUCAUCAAAGUGUUCUGCAGAUUUCAAACCCAAGUAAAUCCAUAUCAAAUAUAGUUUACACUACUGAUGACCACAUUCUUAAUGAUGCCAUAUGUUUCUAGUUACCAAAACAACAGCUUUAUUACCGUUGUAUAAUUAUGCUACCGUGCUUUUAAAAAAAAAAAAAAAAAAAAGCAGACUGUUCAGUGGAACAAAACACACAUUUCACGUAAACUUGGUGUUCUUUGCAAAAAAAAAAAAAGGAAAAAAAGGCUGAAUGCAAUGCAAGUGAUAAGCCUCUAGUUACACAAGUAUGCUCUCUUUAAAGUAUCUCCAAACAGAAGUGUAAUAUAUUAAUUGUGAAUAUAAUAUUAAUGGUCAUGACCUGUUGUUUCGACUACCCUGUAUUGUAUGAGGCUACCAUGUUGAUAUAAAUGCAUAUUUUGCAUGCAUGCGGUCGUCGUUUCUUUGCGAGUUGUACAUUUCACGGUAGCUCUGUUCUCAGACUUGUUGUGUUCUUGACGUUGGCGAGUUGUAAUGUGUUCUGUUAAGCUAAUUCCAUUGGAUGUUGACGUUUAAAGAGCUCCCCUUACUGUCCUGUGCUUUGGUGAUCUACGGUAUGUGAGUAUUGGACGUCUGUGUAGUGUACAGUGUUCUUCCAGUUAUGCACUUUGUUGUUGUUGUUGGUGACAUUGGUGGGGAAAUGGGGAUCUUUGCACAGAUGUAUGACAAGAACUGAUUUUUUUUUAUGUACAGUAUGUGAUAAAAAUGGGAGCAAAGCUGUCUC